AUGUCACGGUUAGAAGAUCUAAGCGACGAUAUAUUAAUGGAGUGUCUGGAACUGCUCGAUGUAUUUCAAGUGUUCGUCUCAUUUUUUCACCUUAACCAACGUUUCGACCAAAUACUGACCGAUGAACGAUUAUUACCAACGUUUGAUUCGAAUAAUGUAUCGAGUAACGGGCAAUUUGUAAAGUUCUCCAUCUCUGUGCUCCCUACUAUCUGUCAGAAUCUAACGUCACUGGCCUUGAUUGGUGGUCAUUUGACUCAAUAUUCAAGCAAUUGGUCAAAUGACAUGUUUCCCAGUCUUAAAUGUUUGACAAUAGUGGGCUCAUCUAGACCAGACUUAAUUACGGUACUCCUUCUGAAAUGUUCCAAUUUAUUUAAAUUAAGACUGGAUACAUGUGAUUAUCCUGGCAACAAAAUCGACAACAUUGUAUCAGCUAUUAUUUAUGAUAAUUGGUUACCAUCGUUAAAAAUAUUUGAAAUGAUAACGCAGUAUAGACUAAAUUCAUUUUCAAAACCAGAAAUCACAAAUAAUCAGACAACAAAUAGUCUUGAACAUGUGAAACUAAAAUGCACCGCUCUUGACUUAAAUUCAAUUAUCCAACAUAGUCCGCAAUUAAAAACACUUACUGUCAACUGUAAAAAUAAUCGUUCAGCUCGUGUCGUUGAAGAUUUGAUAAAGAAGGACGAGAAGCAGGACUAUACGACUGGUCCGUUUGUUAAGCCACCGUUUGAUACCUAUCGUAUAUCACCGAUAGGCGUGGCUUACGAAGAUCCAGGCGUUAUUAUUGACAGUCAGUUGAUGAUGGUUCGUCUACCCGAAGAUGAACGUGUUAGAGUUUUGGAGAUAGUCCACAGUUACUUAAACGAGAAACGUUGUACUAAACAUGAAUUAUUGAGUAUCAUUGCCUAUCUCGGACAUGCUUCACGUGUUAUUAGUCCAUUACAUUAUUCCGUAUCACUUUCAAUAGCUUGCCGGCUUGAUCCCUUAAUAUGGGCUUGGAUCCCUUCUUGCGAGCUUGGAAUGGUGUGCCUACCAUUAAUUUCUGUUACAUGGACACAACUUGUCACAUUCACAUUAAUUUCUGUGAGAUGGAAUUGUUCACUGACGCAGCUCGUUCAACCGGCUUUGGGGGCUAUUGGAAGGACGAAUUAG